UGAGUGCGCGCUGCAGAGGAAGUGGCGGCUGAUCUCGGUCCGCACCUUUUCCGGUAACAGCCCCGCCACCGCUGUGCCUGACUGAACGGCUGGAGACACAGAGGGAGGAAGACAAAUCGAGAGCGGCAAGAGUGGGGGAGAAACGGCCCGGGGGACUGGGGAAUGGUCGCCGCAGACGCAGGGGGAAGGAAGAGAAGAAAGUCGGAUGAAUCAAUGACCUUUUGAGCGGUCCUCCUGUGGUUACCCCGGUACUGAAGCGGACUCGGAAGGCUCUGAAUUGUCGCCGCCGGUUAGCGAAGAAAAUCGGCGUGCUUCGAAAUUCACCGAGGGGGAAUAAGCUAAGUGUGGACAGCCGGCGGCCAAGAAGGAAGUGGGAUCCCCCGGCUUGGCCUGGGCCUGAUUUAUAUUGUCCUUAGGUUGAAAGAACUCCUCAAACCAGACUCUGCUCGGUCACCUGGGAGGAAAAAAGGAUCUUGUAAGCAGAGUCGACCCAUAUUUUUGUUGGUUUUGGGAGGGAGUGUGUGGUCUAAGCCGACUUUGAAAGAAGGGAAUGCCGUUUUUUCGUCUCACAUCGGAGGGCAGUGGAUCAUGAAAACAUAUCCCCACCCAAAUCUACAAAAGCACCCCAUGAAGUCCCUCUGAUUCCUCAGGUCAGAUUACCUCAAUCCAGCUCAUUGUACUGUAAAGACCUAAACGCUGCUGCCAGCUCUCAGAUUUUUUUUUUGACACUUGUGUCAACCCACUGUUGUCACGUGUGUAGCUUCACGUUGAACCCGGGCCUUCUCUGUUGUCCUGAAAACAAGCUUGGCUCUAAUUAGGAGUUCCCCUUCUUCUUCUAACAAAGUAUUUAUGCACAGUAAACAAGAUGGGGAAGAUGCUGUCAAAGAUCUUUGGCAACAAGGAGAUGAGAAUAUUGAUGCUUGGACUUGACGCUGCCGGGAAAACCACCAUCCUGUACAAGCUGAAACUGGGACAGUCGGUCACCACCAUCCCCACGGUGGGGUUCAACGUGGAAACCGUCACCUACAAGAACGUCAAGUUCAACGUGUGGGACGUGGGCGGCCAGGACAAGAUCCGGCCCCUCUGGAGACAUUACUACACGGGCACGCAGGGCCUGAUCUUUGUGGUGGACUGCGCCGACAGGGACCGGAUCGACGAGGCCAGGCAGGAGCUCCACCGGAUCAUCAACGACCGGGAGAUGAGGGACGCCAUCAUCCUGAUCUUCGCCAACAAGCAGGACCUGCCGGACGCCAUGAAGCCCCACGAGAUCCAGGAGAAGCUGGGCCUGACCCGGAUCCGGGAUAGGAAUUGGUACGUUCAGCCCUCGUGCGCGACGACAGGGGAUGGACUAUACGAGGGCCUGACCUGGCUUACCUCAAAUUACAAAUCCUAAUGUUUCCUCCCACCCACCAGCUUGGACGUUUCGAGACACACACACACACACACUCACAAAAAAAAGUAGCAGAGAAUUAAAAAAAAACAAAAAAAAACAACAAAACAAGGAUGCAAUUUGAAGCAAUUAAUUCAAUUCAAUUAUCUCUUUGCUUAAUGUGUAUUGAAGAGAGUCGUAAUUUACUUAUUGGUUUAUUUUUCUUUACGACAAGUAUUUCACUUUAAUCCCAAAUUUUCAGUUAAACAAAAAAAAAAAAAAGUGUCUUUAGUUUUCUUUAGUUCUGAAUCUGUGUAAUCAGUUCUGUUAAUCUACACAUCUUACUCUUGUGCUUUUUACUGCAUUUUGCUUUUGUUUCUUCAUGAUUGUAUCAUUUCUUUUAAAGGGGGACUCACCUGAACGGUGCUGCCUCCCACCUCUCCUACUUAGUUCACGUCCUGCGCUCUCACAACCCAGCUACAUAUCCAAAGGAUGGGGGGGGGGGGGAAAAGCCCAGAAACCGAUUCCUAGAUCAGCAUAUCACUUUUGAAGGCUCGGGGGUGGGGGGGGGUGGAUGCCUCCGUUUUCUGUCAGAAUGUGUACUAUGGAUGUGUUAUUAGGACCUUUUUAAAAAGUUCAACUGAUUGUACUGGGAUGAAUGAGAUGUGGAAGCUCCUCUCUCCUGUGCAGUGGUUCCAUCCGUGAUAAUGUCCAACAUGGACACUGGAUAUUCACACUGUGAUAUGGAUAUAUAAAUAUAUAUAUAUAUGUAAGUUUUUUUGGGUGGGGGGGGUUGUUUCAGGGUCAGAAUCUGUUACCAACCAGUCUCUUGUCAUCUCCACUCUCGUUUCUCUCAGAGCUUCCAUUGAGUGUUUUGUAGUUUUCAGCUGCCUUAGGCCGGACCAGGGUCCCAGGUGUCCCCCCCCCCCAUCUCUCCCCGUCCUCCCCGAAACUGAGACAGUCGCAACGGCGAAGGGUAUUCUCAGCCGCUGAGUUUGCACUUUGAAUGGGAGAAGGGAGGGGGGUUGAGCAACUUGCUGGUAGUGCAUACUUUUUUUGGGGGGGGGAUUUUUUUUUUAUCUGUGUUUUUGAGUCCCCAAAGGGUUUUAAAAUGUUCCCCCCCCCCCCCCCACUCGCCUCCAAAACAGGUGCUUCUUUACUUUUUUUUUUUUCUUUUUGUUUGUUUUAAACAUCACCAGCCCGUUUGAAGUCCUGCAGUCAAUUCUGUUAAAAGUUUAAAACCAUAUUGCUGUUUAAUUCUUUUCCCCCCCAGUACCUUUUUUUUGUUUGUUUGUUUUUUUCUUAUGCUAAUGUUGUUGAAAUAAUAAAAGAAAUAUAUAUCCAGAU